AUGACACUCUUGCAAACGCUUCUCCGCGCAACCGCGUUCAAAAGCCCUCUACUACGCACCCUUGUCCCCUCUGUUGCACUCGCAUACGGUAUCCAGGCCGCCGUCGCCGUGCCCUCCAUUGCCGCACAAACAGAAAAGUACUACGACUUGAGCGGCAGUUUCACAUAUCUCUCCUGCACAGCAUUGAGUCUGGUGCUGCCUUACAUGCGAGCGCGAGCUGCAGGGACCAUGACAGGGGGUCUAACUGAGUAUCUGAGUACGCAGGGUCUGGGACAAGGGACCUGGUGGUGGAGACAGGCGCUUCUAAGUGCGGCGGUGGGGAUAUGGGCUACACGGCUGGGAACAUACCUCUUCCGGCGCAUCUCCAGCGACGGAGGCGAAGACUCUCGUUUCGAAAAAAUCCGUACUUCGCCGUCCGCCUUCUCAGUCGCAUUUUUCGCCCAAGCAACAUGGGUGUCGCUAUGCACUCUUCCUGUCAUUCUGGUCAAUUCUAUCCCUAGGUCCGCGUAUGCUACUUCUCUGCUCGGCCAGGCUGUGUCGUCGAAACCGUAUCUCACCGAUAUCAUCGGUCUGGCGACUUUUGUCUUUGGUCUGACAUUCGAAGUCAUCGCCGAUAGGCAAAAGGACAAAUGGGUCAAGGAGAAGAAGCAGAAGAAGCAUUCCGAGGAGUUCCUUACCCAUGGUCUUUGGUCGAAAUCUAGGCAUCCAAACUACUUUGGUGAGGCGACGCUUUGGUCGGGUAUCGCUAUUGCGGCAGCUGGUCUGCUUGUAAGGCAACCUGCGCAGACCGCAUUGGGCUUGAGUGGAGGUGUUUCGGGACAGAUGUUGGUGGCGGGUAUGUGUGCGGCUAGCCCGGCGUUUGUGAGCUUUUUGCUGCUGAAGAUUAGUGGGGUGCCGUUGAGCGAGAACAAGUAUGAUAAGAAAUAUGGGGAUCGUGAGGACUACCAGAAGUGGAAGAGGGAGACGCCGAUGUUUAUUCCUAAGUUUUAGGUGUUCGGAAAGCGUGGAGGAUAGAGUUCAAUCACUGCCUGAUAUGCUUUGUAGAGGAUGGAAAAGUCGGUUUCGGCUCGUUUCGAUGCUUUGAACUAGUUAUAUGGUCUUUGAUACUUUGGAGAUAUAUAUGCUAGAUUAUUUACUAAAGAUAAUAAUGUAUGCCA